AAAAAGCGCCUGGCUUUCUGAUCUUGGAUCUCAGCUACAAUGUUCUCCACGUGGAUUCUGCAUAUGGUUGGAUUCGCUCUGCUGGUCAGGGGAGACAGUGAUGACCAGUGUCCUCAUCACGAAGUCAUGCCUGGGAAAGAAUCUGCAGUGAUGGAUUCCUUGCAGUGCCACAAUGACUACAUGACCUAUGUAGAGUGCACAUGGGAGGUCGAUCCACAUGUUCAUUCACAAGAUACAGAAAACAUGCAUGAAUUGUACUACUUGGACACAACUUUAGAAGAAGAGACACUUUGCGUCUUAAAUAGAUCCGGUGUGCUUUUAUCCAAUGGGAAGAUCUCUCACAUGUGUCGCUAUGACACUGACAGGUUUAGCACAGGAACAGAUCACAUUCUCUAUUUCAAAGUGCCCUGUGUACCCAAAGUCACGACUCUCAGAGUUGAUCAGAAAGGAAAAGUUAGGGCCCCAACGGACUUGACAGAGAUGGUGACUGAUAACGGAGGUCGUCUGCUGUCCUGGAGAAGCCCGUAUCCUGCAUCCUCAAAAAUCACAGGAACUCUUGUGUACCAGCUUCAGUAUCGCAUAUACAUGCAUAACUGGACUACUGUGGAUAACAUCAGUGCUUCUGAGUAUAUGAUUGACAAGGAGUCACUGUUGGGUUACCAUUAUCAAGCCAGAGUGAGGGCGCGAGGCCCUGUAGGACUCUGGAGUGACUGGAGCCCUCUGCUGUCAUGGAAGACUCACAAUGAUGGAGCCUUUAACCUGCAGUGUGUGAUAAUGGAAGAAACAUCUGUGACGUGUACCUGGCAAAUGAAGACAGAACAUUAUCAGUUUAUGUCUUAUGAUCUCUGGUACAGUAAUAAUGAUAACACUGAACCCUCAGUUCGUUGCGAAGAUCCUCAGCUUCAGUCGAGCGACGUUGAGCUUUCUGAGUUUGUGUGUUCUGUAAAUACCUCUGACCCUUACAUGUUAACAGUGGAGCUAAGACCAGUGUACUACACUAAGACGUUCAGUACUAUAAAACACAUUAAACUUUCACAACCUGGCCCGAUCCAUGUGAAGGAAGUAGAUGGUGACUUCAUACUGAACUGGACUGAACCAGCUGUGUCUCAAUAUAUUGAUUACUCCAUCCAGCUAAAAAUCUCACCCAACAAGACCUCAGAGAUCUUUAACCUUUCUAAAGGUCUAAACGAAGCUAAGAUUCCCUCUACGUCUCUAGAUCCUGCAACUGAAUACCAGGUCCAGAUCAGAUUACUGCAUGAACCUGAUGAUGUUUAUGACGUUCAGCCAUCAGAAUGGUCGCAGCCAGCAGUGUUCAGAACUAAGCCAGUUUCAUCGCCCAUCAGCUUUGUUAUCUACAUUUUGACUGCUGUGUUUGUGGCCGUGCUUUUCGUCAUCUUGUACAACACCCUUCCAGCCUUACACAGAAGGAUCAAGUUGUGGAAGGGAUCAAUUCCAUCGCCCAUAAAGAGCCAAGUGCUGGAGGGGAUGAUGAAGAAGUCUCCAAGCAUGUGGCCAAAUCUCCAGAGUGAGAAAGAGUCACCCUCCAUUUGUGUACUACUGGCUGCAGACAAUGUCAGUCUCUGCAAAAGCAGUAUCUCUUGGGAGCCGUGUUUGUCACACAAUGAGGAUGCUGUUAAAAUGGCACAGUCAGGUGGAUCAAACCACUAUGUGAGUGAAGGCAUGUGCAAGGAAAAAUCAGGCAUGAACUUCAGUGGACCUUAUAUUCUGUGCAGUGAGCAAUCCUGCACCCAUGUCAAAUUCCCUGACAGCUCUAUAGACAGAGAUCACACAUGUGUGUCGGGAAAGUCUGAGAAUUUUGCUCCAGUAAAUGGAGGCUACGUUGUUACUCCUCCCACCACCAUGCCAACAACUCAAAACCCCGUCCCUGUCGACAGCCCGAGCAAUAACCCUUCAGACGAACCCCCUGCAUACACCCCCGGCCCAGAUCAGGGUUGUAUGGUCCUCCCUCAUCCAUCCGGCUACUUCACAAUGCCAUGUGUCGUCACGGUCUAGUCAGAGCAGAGAGGAUGCAUGAAGAUUGCACAUUCUGGAACAUAAUGACCAAGGACAAUUAAAUGGGGUGAAAGACUCAUUGGAGCUUCAGUAGGACUUCGAGUUGAAGCUGUUGUACUGUGAAAGUCUCACCAACAGAUGGCAGUGUUGCUUUAAAUGAAUGUAAGAAAAGUAAAAAAAAAAAAAAAAAUCUAAUUUCCUCAGUGCAAACCGUGGAAAGCAAACAAUGCAUUAGUCGAAAUGACUGUUUUUGCCACAGUGCCUCACAUACCAGCUGCAUUGAAUGUCUUCUUUUCUUCCUCAUCAAUUUUUGCAGUUAAUUCAGCUUGACAGCCACUGGCAGCCUCAUUCAUUAACUGUGUACGCAGGUAUUUGUGCGCAAAAUCUGCUUAUGAACAUUUUCACGAAGAAAUCACAUUCCGUCAGUAAGGCUUCAUAACUGACUGUGUAGAAAUUUAAGGCAAUUUUAAACUGUAAUAGAAAAAUCAAAACAGUAGGAGUUCAAUCUUCAACUGGCUGGCAGGAGCCACCACUGACAGAUCACGUGACCUGCCAGUGGCUGGCUGGCAGGCAGCUGGCAGUAUGCCUUAUCAAGUUUCAGCAACCAUACAUUUUCGGCAGAUUUUGUGUUUUGUGCUUAAUUUUUUAUUGUGAACCUGUUCAGUUGUUUAACUUUUACAUGGUUGAUGCUUUAAAGGAUUUUAGUGCGAUUAAAGUGUUUAACUGACCGUGA